CUCUGCUGUUCUUUUUCUCUUUCUUGUUCGAAGGUCGGCCAUGGCUACCGAGGACCGAAGACAGGAAGAAGAACAAGAAUGCCUUUACAAGACAAAAGUCGUACAGUUCUUGGGGCGCACCACACCCAUCAUUCUUCAGAACGACAAUGGCCCUUGCCCACUCCUGGCUAUAUGUAACCUUCUUCUUCUAAAAAAUAACUUGAAUUUGAAUGUGGAUGCAUCUGAAGUCUCACUGCAGAAAUUGCUUUCGCUUGUCGCCGAAAGAUUGAUUGAUUCUAACAGCAAUAUCGAGAAUAAAGAUGCUGGAUAUGUUGAGAACCAACAACAGAACAUAGCGGAUGCCAUUGACCUGCUUCCUCGACUUGCAACGGGGAUUGAUGUAAACAUUCAAUUUAGGAGAAUUGACGACUUUGAAUUUACACGUGAGUGUGCCAUAUUUGAUCUCCUGGACAUUCCACUGUAUCAUGGUUGGAUUGUUGAUCCCCAGGAUUAUGCUACUGCAAAUGCAAUUGGAUUCAAGUCAUAUAACACUCUUAUGGGGGAGCUUGUUGCCCUUGAAACCAAAAAUUCAGAACAUAAGAGCAACUCUGAAGAAGAUUCUAUUGAUUUUGCUGCUGCGACAGCUGCAACUUUAGGGGUUCCCUCACCAUCUCUUUCAAGAGGUAAAUCUUUUGAUGAAUCACCUUGUGCUGUAUCUGGCCAUCAGGAAGGAAAAACGGGAGACUUGGAGGAACAAGCAGAACUAUUAAGAGUCUUGAAUUUGUCAGAAUUUGAAGUGCUGACUUCAGUGGAUGAGUCUCCAUCAGGUGAUACAAGUGGGGGUAAUAGGUCUGCAAUUGUAGAAGAGAAUGAGUAUCUUCAUAGUAAUAGGUCAGAGUUCCUUGCAGAUGCUUUAGAGAGGCGCAUUAGUGAUGAACAUGAAGUACUCCAUCUGUCGAAACCUUCCAUAUCACAGGCUCCUACUGUCUUUUGUGGUGGCAAUAAUAUUGUGAUAUCUUCUGAAACUACUUUGAGGGAAAAUGAUUCUUGCUCAAAGAUUGAAGCUGGGAUUCAUGCUGAUCAGUUAAAGAAUUAUGGGUCUCAGGAACAGUUUAUUCCUACUGACUUGAUGGAGAACCUCAGAACUGACAUAUUGGUUCAUAAUCAAAGUGAACCUUUCCAUUGUCUAGACCAAGAUUUCUCCUCUCACGUGAAAGACCAUAUGCAUAGCUCUGAAAGGGAUCCUCAAGUUCAACAAACAUGCCUACUGGAUACUUCUAUGUCUGAAAUUCAUCAUGCACCAGAAAAUAAUCUUGGUGUUUGUGAAACUACAGCAUCUACUCGUACAUCCACCUCAAAUCCUGAGUCUGAUGAAUUUAGUGGGAGUAGUCAGCACAUAGAUCAACCCAAGAGUGUCGCCUCGAGCCUUGAAGGAAGUGAACCCAUAUAUGAAGGAGAAGAGUGCAUACUUGACUCAGGAUUAACAAUUUAUGAAAAUCGGGAGCCUAUGUAUGAAGGUGAGAUGGUUCUUGCUGAGCAAGCUGACAAUGGUGCCGGAGAUGGAAGUGGCAUCCAUCCCAGGGAUGAAAUUACUCAACAGAAGGGGGAACUUAUCAAGAAUUUUCUGAGGAACAAUGCCAGCCAAUUAACCAUAUAUGGCCUCUUCUGCCUACAGGAAGGUCUAAAGGAACGGGAGCUUUGUGUUUUCUUCCGGAAUAAUCACUUCAGCACCAUGUUCAAGUUUAAUGGUGAACUUUAUCUCUUAGCCACUGAUCAAGGUUACAUAAGCCAGCCUGAUUUAGUAUGGGAGAAAUUAAAUGAGGUAAAUGGGGAUACAGUGUUUAUGACCGGCAACUUCAAGGAAUUUAAGGUUGAAAAUCAUGUCAAUGACCAAUGGAACGAGCAAAAUGCGGUGGCCUGUGCUGCUGACUACAUUGCAAGCAUUGAUAAUUCAGUGACUGCGGGUUCGACUUUAAACUCCGACCUGCAACUCGCAAUAGCACUGCAACAACAGGAAUUUGAGCAGCAGCCUCAACGGCAGAACACACAACAAUCAACCACCAGCAGUUCAAGGCUUGUCACAGGUCUACAGGUGCCAAAGAGCAGUGGUAGCCAUUCAUCUACAAAGCAGGAAGCAAAGUCUAAAGAAAAGUGUAUCGUGAUGUAAAAUUGGCCAAGAGGAGUUGUUGUCACAUGUACUGUAAAUGGUGUAAUUUGUUCUGAUAGGAUUUGCAUGACAAAAA